GAGGCUUGCAACGGCCGCGGCUUCGUCACGCCGGAAGAGGCGGGGCCGUGCCCAGCGUUGCCAGGCGCUGGGCAGGGCCGGCCUCGGUGGGCAGGAGAGGCGAAGGCGCGCACUUUGCGCUCGUUGGAAGCGGGGAGGCGGCCGGGGAAUCCUCGCCCAACUGCAUUUUAAGAUGGAGGAAUAUGAGAAAUUCUGCAAGAAGCACCUGGCUAGAAUUCAAGGAGAGUUUAUGGAGAACGGAAUGCCUUCUGUUGUUCAACCCAGAAAUGUAUCCCUUAUUCGAUUUAAUGGGGUCCCCGUGCUUUCUCCUCUGCUGACUCUGGAGAAAAAGAAAGAACUUCAGCAAGACAGACAGAAAGCUGUGGAUCUAGAACGCUGGCGACAGAAUUGCAAGCAGAGGAUUUUGCUGACCCGCGUUGAAGAAAUAGUGGCCAACGUACAGAUGAAAAAGAUGUCCAGCCAAAGCGAUUUAGAUCAGUCUAAGAAAGAGACUAUUCAGUUGGAUUUAGAAUCAGAAAUAUUGAACGACUCUGCAACAGAACCGUGCAGCGUUUUGCCCAAUUCUACUGCUUUCGCUGAACGCCUCCUAGAGCCUAAACAGACCCCAGACAUUAAACUAAUAGAUACACAGGUUGCGUCAAACAGGAAUUCUUUUGAGGGAACAGAACAAUUUAUCGCUCCUAAUCCCACGGAAACUUCAAGUAAUCGUUCAGAAGAGAAAAUUGGCUCAGAAGGUCUGUUUUCUAAGCUUCCAGGCACCUCUCCUUCAAACGAGGUUACCAAGAAGAUGGAUUCCAUUGACCCUGGGCUAGGUGCUGGAGAAGGUCCCGACCCAUACGUCAUGAGUCUUCAGAACCUCUUAAAAAAAUCCAGGGAGUACAUUCAGCGAGAACAAACGCGACGCAGCCUGCGAAACAGUUCCAAGAGGAACAGCAACGGAAGCCACCCGGAUAAAGAAAACAGCGCCAUUAAAAUGAACGAGUUGGGGAAAGAGAGAGGAAAAUUGACAGGCAGGAAUACUCCAGUUCCAGCCCCGGAGAAGUCCAGCCUUAUCAAGCCCGGGGCUCCUCAACCUUCCUCGAUCUCAAAAAAUCUAUCCAGCGGAGCAGCCUCGCCCAGUUUUUCUAAAGUCGAUAUCCCGAUGAGAUCCGGAACGCCUCCCGUUUUGGACUCGGAUUCGGAUGAAGAAUUCAAAAAGAUCUCUCUCUUCGGGAAGGACAGCGUUCUCCGGAGCUUCACCGGGUCUUACUCAAAACUUCCCAGUCCUGAGCCAAGUCUGAGUCCCAAGAUGCACAGGAGACGCCCCAGGCCCUCUUCCGUUGGGCACAUUGUCAUCACCAACCCCGUGAAUGCCUACGAGCUGAGUCCCCAAGGAAAGGGAAGGGCUGCGGACGUGAUCGUUCAGGAUGCCAGAGAGAGGCCGACGGCCUCCGAUCCUGUGCCAAAUCUCUCUGCGGAUCUCGUCCCCGUGUGUCCCCACAAAGCUCAGGCGGUGGACAAGAACUCUUCAGAUACUUGCAGUGAUGAAGUAUGUCAGCUUUCAGCCCAUCAGCAAGAAGGUGGAAGCUUCCUGGCCCAUCCUACAAUAGAGGGAGGACCGACAUUAGAAAAUAGAACCGCAUCAAGCAGCUGCCUUGCAAAUCUCAGCCCCCAGGAGCUGCAGGAUGUGAGCCGUGCCCUGUUGACCCAGAAGCCAGCCAAGACUGAGAGCUUGCCGGACAAGGUCAAGGGCAGCGUGGCCAUGGAACUCAACAAAUCCUACGACGUGGCGCGCCCAUCGCCCUUGCUGAUGCAGAUGCAGGGUAAGCCGCCUCUGGAUACCCCGGAAGUGACUCUUGGAAAGGAGCAAGUUUUGGAGAACGGGUUGGAAAAAGUGAAACGGAGACUCGAGCUGGAGGGGGAUGCAGUGCAGAAGGAAAACACGCCGUGGGUCGCGUCUGCGGAAAUGGACAUGCUGGAGAGGCGACGGCUGCACGAUCAGAGGUAUCCGGGCAGAGCUGCACUUGAGGUCAAGAACAAAACACCGGUGCCAUGUCUCGGAGGAAUUGAUUAUGUCUCAUCUCGGUGCUUUGCAGAAGAAGAAGCAUUAAGGCAGAAGAUGCAGGCCCUUUCAGAGCUGAGGCAGAAACUGGAAGAGCAACAUGCCCAGCAGUUGUCGUUGUUGAUAGCAGAGCAGGAGCGGGAACAGGAGAGGCUCCAGAAGGAGAUCGAAGAUCAGGCCCGGAGAUUAAAAGAGGACAAAAACACAACUCCAAGUGGGAUUCCUCCCAUGAAUAUUGGCAGUGGUGUAACGCUGGAGUGGAGAAAAAUCACGGAUACUAAUCUGUUGGAGUCUGUGCUGAAUCAAGUGGAGGCUGUCCAUAGCACCAACCUGGAGAACGAGGGUUUUGGGAACACCGGGUCUCCAUUCUACCUCUGGGAUCAGCCAGCAAGUGGAAAACCGGUUUCGAUAUCCAGGUCUAUUAGCCGGAGUAAAAUGAGGUGGUCUCAGGUGUACAGUCCUGCCAUGAAAAGGAAAUUCAACAAGAUCUCUGCUCUAGCCAAGGGAUUUUUAAUCAGAAGACUCUUGCAAACAGAGAAGCUGAAGCAUCUUAGACAAACAGUCCACGAUACCAUGGAGUUCAUCAAAAAUUUCCAAUCCGAAGCACUGUCGAAGAGAGGGAGCCUCCCAGCUCAAGAUGCCAAUCUCCAAGAAAGAGUGGUCGCGCAGCUGCAGGCAGCACUGUACGAUAUUCAUGAUAUUUUCUUCAAAAUGGAAGCGUCGGAAAGGAUGAGCAUCUUGCGUCAAGAUCGAGAAAUCCGCAAAGAAAAAAUGCUUCGGCAGCUGGAUAAAGCCAAGUCCCCAAGAGUGACACUUUCUACAGCUACGCAGAAGUCUCUUGAUAGAAAGAAGUAUAUAAAGGCUGCUGAAAUGGGAAUCCCAAGUAAAAAAGCAAUUGGGAAGCAAAAGAUUUUCGAAAACAGAGUUCUUCAGCCCAACCAAGGCCAAAAUGCUCCUAUCCAAAGGCUGCUGUCCAGACAAGGAACCUCUAAGGCCUCAGUGAAAAGGGCUGAGCAAAAUAGAAAGAAGCCCUCAGACAGCAGAGGGCCUAGCAAGGCCUCUUCAGGAGUAUCUGCAGGAAGAAUCCCAAGAAAGAAGCCAAGUGUUGUGACAACCUAAGAAGGCAGCAUUCCCUAGGCUAGGAAGUGGUGUAGCGCUGUCCUUCAACGUUCUCCAGAUGUUCCUUCCGAAAUGCAGGUCAAUGACAGAUCUGUACGUAGUCCUGUUAAAGAGACUCAGAAGACUCUGGAAAUACGAAUGAAUGAAGACGAAGGAAAUACGAAUGAAUGAAGGCAAAAGAAAUACAAAGGAAGGCGAAGGAAAUACGAAUGAAUGAAGGUGUGAAGGAAAUAGGAACGCCUGCGAAGGCGAGCCUUCCAUUUGAGUUCUGGGUUUUUGGGCUUUGCUUAUUCCCUCGAGUAGAUGUUUUGUUAGGGAUGUUUCAAGGAUCUUUUUUAACCCGGGCUGCGUUUUUCAAUUGUGCAAUAAAUAACCCUGAAGUGUAGUUGCUUUAGAUGUCCUGCAUUCCUGCUUCUCUCUGUCGUGCUUUGGGAUGCUUCAAAGCACUUCUGAAAAGGAAAUUGUUGGUCUCUCUGGAUUGUUUCUAAAGGUGGCUGCACUUUUGUGUUGCACAAAGCUUCUCUUGGGCACUUCAGUCCUCUGGAAAUCAGGAGGGUCAUGAUGGCGCUUAUUGAACAUAUGUUUAAGUUUUCAGCAAUGAUGCUGUUAAUCAGAGAGUAUAAAUACUGUAUUCACCCAUCUCCUUUUUCUGGCUGGGGUCUUGUUUCCGAGCAUGCGGUGAGAUCUCAUUUAAAAGAUGCUAUCAAACUUGAUUUUUGUCCUAAGUGAACUAGAAAUCUCUUUAACAAAUGAUAACAACUAUUAGUUGGGUGGGGAAACUUGUGUUGGUAAACAUUUGCCUCAUUUAUCUUUUUAAAUCCAGAUAUCUGGGGGGCGUUCUUUAUAAACAACAUAUGAAUAAUGAACGACCAGUCCUAAUAGUAAAUUGAACCAACAUUGUCCAACUUAUGUUAGCUCAAUGUUACUUAACUUAAUAUGGGACUAGUGGUAAAUUGGACUAACAUUGCCCAUAUCUUCUCUUUCAACGUAUAAGAUGAGAUUAACCAUAAUCUUAAAUUUCACAGAAAAGCUAGAUGAACUAAACCAUUUCAAAAUAAAAAUUGUAUUCAUGUAAAUAUUGUUUUGGAGGGGGGAAAAAAGCCAAGUGGAUUUUAAUGUGAUUUUGACAGAUUGAAACAAGACCAUGUUGGGAAAUAAAUUGGUGUGCUGUUUUUAGCUUAGUAGUGCUUUAUCCCCGUAGUUUAUUGAGUCACAGUUAAUGUCUAAUGUUAAUUUUACAUGUUCACAUCAAUGUUUUGCCAGUGGUAGUGGUUUCAGAUGUGGUAUCACUGAAAUCAUUCCCAAUUGAAUGGAAAAAUUAAGGUGCAGCUAAAAAAAUGGGGUUAACUUUAUACAGGGACACAGUUAUUUAGACUAAGAUGCUUAUAAACUUACAUGUAUCUCCUAAUGCUUUUAUUACAUCAUGCAGUGUUUUAAAAUCACAUUUGGGACUGGGGGGGCUGUCUUGAUGCCAGUGUAAACAAAAAAAAGCCAAGGAUUAUUGAUAGAACGGUAAUCCAAACUUGCUGGGUUAUCCUGGUUUAUUGUAGACAAAACCCCAGCACAGAUGGAUGAACAAAUCAACAGUGUAAAAUUUUAAGCAACAUCCAGCCCCAGCCCCUGUAGAUUUUUCAUCCUGACUAAACCAGGAUGUAUAAGCAAACUCCAACUUGAUUACGAGCAUUUGGUCAAACAAGCAUCCGAUUUGAAUUUUGCACAAAUGCUUUAUAUUUCUGGCUUUUUUCAUUCAGCUUCUAUGUUUGUUUUAUCUGCUUAUCUGAAGGAAGGUCUGAAAUAGUCAAUGAACUACAGAGGUUAACUCUGCUUUCAUGGGGAAAAUGGACAAGCCACAAAUUGUGAUGUAACCAAUCAUGAUUUUAAAGAUUGCCCUUGGCUAAUUUGAGCAGCACAAUGCAAGCAUUUGUCAUGGGAAUAAUUCACUGCGUUUUGGUUUUAAAUCUUAUUUUCAAUGCUUCUGCAUUGUGGAUAUUACCUUGCAUGUUAGACUACAGUUUACAUGUUAUGCCGAUGCUAAAAAUAAUCUAAUCUGUGUGCUGUGAGCAUGUUUUUAUCUACAAGUUCAGUAAUUUAAAUGGACCUUUUGAUAUUUUAGAACAGAAUUUUGUAUUUAUAAUUUAACCACCUAUGGUCUUCUGUUUACAAGUGCCAGGAUGCCUUUUUGUAACUUAAUGUUUCAUAUUUAUUUAUUGUUUGAUAUUUGUUUGCUUUUUUUUGAGUGGAAUGCCAUGCUAUUAUAAGCCUUAUUUUUUUAUAUUGGUUUUCACCUGUCCUUUUUUAAAUCUCCUUAAGUAUAUUACACAAUUAAACUUUUUUUAAAAAAAAACA